AAUUUUAGAAGGGUUACUUUUGUCUUAACCUUCAAAAUGCAGUCAGCAAGCUUCCAGCAACUAUUUUUAUGCAUUCAGAUGAAAAAUUAGAAACAUGCUAGGGAACUCUUGAUAAGGAUUAUAGCCUUCCUUGGUAGGAUCUUGGAACCUGCCUGGGUUUAAGGCCAAUAACUACCAUGUGAAUUAGUCUCCAGGUAAAAACACUCUGAGGUUGCCUUUGUUUUUUAAAGAGCAGUUUAUAAUCUUAGCUUUGGAAGAGUGAUUUAAACUACCUGUUUGUUAGGCCUGACUUGUAAUUGAGCGGAGUGAGGCAGACCAGCACGCUGGGGAAGCGGGUGGCCUCGUGUUCGACCACGCCCAGGUAACGCUGCCUUCCCGGCUUUGUGCCUUUGCGCACGCGCUGUGGAGCCCAACUUCGCCGCUAGGAGGCGCCGGGCCCUCUUCAGGUCGGCCCUUGGGGCGGUGCGUGUGGAUGUGACGUCACCGCGCACGCCGCCUCUUGUUGCCGGGCAGCGAUGGCGGCUACCCUGGAGUCCUCCGUGGAGGACCCACUGCGGAACUUUGUUCGAGUUUUGGAGAAGCGAGAUGGCACAGUGUUACGACUGCAGCAGUAUGGCUCUGGCGGCGUGGGCUGCGUUGUUUGGGAUGCUGCCAUUGUUCUUUCUAAGUACCUGGAAACGCCCGAGUUUUCCGGCGAUGGGGCCCACGCUCUGAGCCGGCGGUCGGUGCUGGAACUGGGCUCUGGCACAGGGGCCGUGGGGCUCAUGGCCGCUACCCUCGGGGCUGAUGUUGUAGUCACAGAUCUUGAAGAAUUGCAAGAUUUGCUGAAGAUGAAUAUUAAUAUGAACGAGCAUCUUGUCACUGGUUCUAUUCAAGCCAAGGUACUGAAAUGGGGGGAAGAAAUAGAAGACUUGUCUUCUCCACCAGACUACAUACUGAUGGCCGACUGCAUAUACUACGAAGAGUCUUUGGAGCCAUUGUUGAAAACUCUAAAAGAUCUUAGUGGAUUUGAGACUUGUAUUAUAUGUUGUUAUGAACAACGAACUAUGGGAAAAAAUCCAGAAAUUGAGAAAAAGUAUUUUGAGCUACUCCAACUAGACUUUGACUUUGAAAAAAUUCCUUUGGAGAAACAUGAUGAAGAAUAUCGAAGCGAAGAUAUUCAUAUUUUAUACAUCAGAAAGAAAAAACCGAAAUCUCCAUCGUGAAAUCUUUAGUCAUCUUACCCAAGUCUCUAACAACCUGGGUAAGCUAAAGAUGUGAGUGGAGCAUGUGAAUACAGCAUGGGAAGAUUGUGUUCACAGAUUAUUCCAGCAUGUCCGUAGAGAUUUGAUAUAUAAAUGAAAACUACCAUGGGCUGCCUACAAUUCGAAAAAUGAUUACUGACUGCCUGCCUGCCAUUGGGCCUGAAAUCCAACUUAGUUUACUUUUAGCUCAGCAUCAGGUUCUGCUUAAAAGAAAAUUGCACAUCAGUCACUCCUCAAAUGAAAAUAGGUAUUGCAAUUUGCCAAAGUCUGCCAGAAAUAAACAGUGAAGCAGCAUAACCAUGACUUGGUGUAUCUUCAGGAAACCAGGGAUAAAUUGAUCCAAUUUCUAAAGAGAGACAUCUAUUACUAUGUAAUUAUGUUUAAAUUGAAACUAGUAAAAUUUAGUUGUCUUCAAGAUAGAUAGAUCUAAAAAAAAGAUUUUUAUUUUAACAUAAUUCUGCAGUAGUUUUAUAUAUAUCUUCCACUUCAUUGCUGUUAUUAAGAUAGCUUUAGUAUUUAAAUUUUCUUUUAUUUAAAAAAACAAAAAUACUGUUUUCUAUAUUUAAAUUAGCCAAAGUUUUAUUCUUUUCCUCCACCAUACAUGUCUAUGUGAGUUGGAUAGUAAAUUAUACUGUAAUGAGUUGGUAAGAAUGAAAGUAAGAAAUCAGGAGUGGGGAAAGGUAUCUUUACAGAAUCUUCCAUUUGAGAAUGGAGUGAGAAUAAAAAGCCCACUUUCAGGCUUGUGCACUUAUGUGGCUCUUGCACUACUCCUUGUGUGUAUCUUCUAGGAAAAUGACUAAAAUCACUGGUGUUUUUACAUGGAACAGAGAAAGUUUUUAAGUAACUACACAUGUAGUUCUGUAUACAUUUAGCAAAUGAUUUUGGUUCUGUGUCGUCUGUUUUAUGUUAGUGAUGGUAAUCAUCUGCUCAGACUUGGAUCUGUCAAGGACUUCAGUCAUACCAGUUGUGAGGAAUAAUACUAACUGGAUGGGAUUCUGGUACUUACAGGCAUUGGUGCUUGGUGGCACAUUUUAUGUAUUAAAAUAAACAUUGUUUUUGAGA